AGCCCUACACAUUAAACAUAAACAAACAUUCGCCUUCAAUUUAUACCCUACUCAUGUGUAGCUAUGGACAUGAGCAACAUUCCUUCCUUUGACGACCAUUCACAGUCGCAUUCAGAUGAUCAAUCAUCAGGUUAUCUUGAAGAUGCACUGUAUAAAUUCACCUCUAAACGACGUCGUUUGCUAUUAUUUGAUGAUGAUAUGUACUGGAAACUCAACUCUCAAGAGUAUGACAAUCCUUGUAAGGGUUUCCCCAAGUUUCGGACAGAUAAUAAUGGCGUGCUUAUGAGUGAAAGACAUCUGAAUAUUUCAUCUACAGAAGCCAUCAAUACUCUUAAUCAAACUUCUUUUUCUCAAGGUGGAAAUGAAGAGAUGAAGCAGAAGAAGAAUACAACAAGAGUCGUCUACCCAUUUGCAUUUGUAAAACCAGGAGGGUUUAAGGGUGAUGUGUCAUUGAAUGACGUUAAUCAAAGAAUACAAAUGGCACCGACGAGGUCUGUGAAACACCCGGUAGGCAAAUUUGCCUACCAAUCAGUGGUUUCACCUGAUGGACCUGGUCUCUCCGGCAAGACUGUGGUUUCUCUUACUAGAAUUCACACGCAAGGGAGAGGCACGGUCACCAUUAUAAGGACAAAAAACUAACAUUGAGGUUUAUACUAAGAAAUGAGGGUUUUACUACAAGGUAUUACAGCACCCUUUGGUGUACUGCCCUGUAGUGCCCCUUUGGUGUAAUGCCCCGUAGUGCCCCACAUUCUACAGUACUAUUUAGUAUUGAUCCUCAAGUUUUUCAUAUUCUGGUUUAGGUUUAUACAUAUCUUAACGUUGUAAUGUUUUUGAGGAUACAAAAUAUAUACAGGGAAUUAUCAUAAUUUCGUUGUCGUUGUAAAUUACACUUUUUAUCUUUUAUGUUUGUAUUGGAUUGCAAUGGAUGCCUUUUA